GAGGGAAAGGAAGGCAUUGGUCGAUUUCAGACGAGUUACUUUGGCGGUACAAUCGAGUUCGAAAUUCAAGAAUAUCACCAAGCAAAAAUGGCAAUGGCGGCACCAGCGAUGAGGAUGGCUUCCUCGGCCUCUUUCCUCCCCAGACUCCUCCCACCAACAGUCUUCUCGGCAUCAAGGGCCCAGGUUCUUGUACGACAACUCUCGCUCCCCCUGUUUCCCAACCUCAACAUCGCCAUCCCAGUAGGCAUCUCGCUCGGUCUUCCAUCAUUACCAGAAGUCUUGGAGGGGAUUUGGGAGGGUAUUCUCAAGGCUGUACCAAAGAAGAAGACAUCGCACAUGAAGAAGAGACACAGACAAAUGGCCGGCAAGGCUAUCAAGGACGUAACGGCGCUUUGCGUCUGCCCGGCGUGUGGUGGGAUGAAGCGUAUGCAUUAUGUCUGCCCUACCUGCGCAUCAAGACUCAAGGGGUUCCUGCACCAGGAGGCCAAGGCCAAGGAGGAGGCUCAAGCCGAGGAAGAGGUCAAGGCUAAGACCAAAUAA